GCACAAUCGCAAUCGUAUUCUAUAUUUUUUUAAAAUUUCACCUGUAGGUUGAGGCUUUUUCGGAGCAGUGGUUAGGAUUAGUAUGAUGACUAAGCCAAUAGAGGUCCGAUGGUACUAUCAUGGACCUGAUAACGAAAUCUAUGGACCAUAUGCUGCGAAGGAGAUGAUGAUGUGGACUCAGUCCGGUUACUUCAACGACUCUCUUCUCAUCCGUACCGAGCAUGAAGAAAGGUUCCAUACCUUAGGAGAAUGGACCCGCGUAUGCGGAGGGAAGGUCCCAUUUGUCCUUCCAGUGGUAUCUAUGGAAUCUCUUAUCGGUCCGUUAGGCCCUCGAUUGAACCCUGUCGUCAUCGGUAUGCUGCCACCCGGUCUCCCUCCACCUUUUCCGCCCCCGGUUCACGGCAGAUUUGCCCAUUUCAUGCCCGGAAUGCCUCCACCUCAAGCACCACAGCAACCUCCAAUGACACAUAGUCUACCACCUUCUGAACCUUUGGACGCCGGAAGCAGCCUUUCACAUACGCCGGAUAGUGAGCAAGAGAUGUAUAAUCAUGCGAAGACGAAUGGUGAAACAAAUGGAAAUUCACUCGUACCCAAUCUACGUCAUAUGGCUGUGUCGACUGCAGAGCCGCCAGAAAUGGUUUCAGUUGGAACUGGGACUGAUUCGCCAACUAUGCGAGAUGCUGCUUGCCAGACUACUCCACUAAUUGUGCCUGCUCAGGAUGCAGCUCGCAUUCUCUCUGAGCUCCUCAAUCAGGUCGUACGCGUGACGUAAUGUGAGUCAAGGCAAAACUACUCUUGCUUCGAUCAUUGGUAUUCUCGUUCCCACUGCUCCAUCUUUCGAAACUUUCAUUUGUUGAUUUCGUAAGGUUGAUGUUAUUUCCAAUUGUCCACGUUCUGGCUUGCUUCUUCAUAAUUUCACCGAACAGCAAUGUCCAGAAUCCGGUGAGCCAUGUAUGUUGCACUAUUUUCCAAAUUUUGACCGUCUUUACGAUAUUGUCCAUCUCUGAUCCCGAUCGAUCAUGCAUGUGCUGCUGAUCUUAGGAGUUUUUAGAGAAAGAUUGUAUCUCGUUACUUGUUUUUUAAUAUGUGAAUCACUUCGGUUAAUUUUCGCCUUAUUUCUCUUAUCCUGUGCUCCAAAGGCCGAUCCCACGUGUCUUUAUGGCUUCUUCAGACUGUUGUAGCUCUAUGUUGUUUUCGAUCUUGCUUUUUUAUGCAUUGCAUUGCUUUUGCUCGACGCUGCUGGUGCUACAGUUAGUGCCACUGCUGUCUUUGUAGUAUCAAACAUGACUGAAUCGUCGUCGAAUCGCUACAACAAUAUCGUGCUUUACUUUACAGUUGUAGAGGUGUCCAGCUUUCACUGCUCCACCCUUCGGCUGCAACCGUUACUGCACCGUUCUUUCAUUACCCUGCGAAGUUCGGCGCAUCUGGGACGUGGCAUAAACAACUAUUUUAAUCUAUUUAGCUAUGUAUUCUCAUUGAUUGGUUUACGAGUUUAGAUGUUCUCAUACACACAGUAGAGCACUAUUUUCAUGGUAAUAUGUCUUUAUUGGGAGUUAUCCUGAAUAAAAGUUAUUUACCGAA